UUAAUUUUAUUGUGGAACAUAAAGGCCCACAUAAAACGAAACGACACAAAGAACGGCAAACCGGCGCAAUGUCGGGAACUAUACUGGAAAACCUUAGCGGAAGGAAGCUAAGCAUUUUGGUGGCUGGCCUGCUAUUCCUUCAGUUCAUGUGCUUCUUGUUGGGUGGUCUGAUAGCACCGGUUCCAGCCAGCGUUCAGACGAUCCUGGGCACGAUUUGUAAGGACAUUCCGGGGUCACACAACGAUACGAGCGUGUGGCUAUACUCUCGCGGCGAAGAUCAUUGCCAAAGCCUGGACAGCGUCGACAUUGAAAGUGAUGACAUGCGGAUGGCCAACCAGAUUGUGUUCGUCUUCCAAAUGCCGCUGCCUCGCGAAGGCCGCCAGUUGGAUUACUCACGCUGGCAGCAAAAUUUAAUUGGCGUUCUGCAAACGGAAAUAGCGUUCGAUGCAAAUGUGCUCCACAAACCGCACACCAAAAUAACGAUCGAUGCUCGGCUGGCGUACCGCAACAAGGGUGAUGGUGAUCAUGAUUGGAAGUACAUUGCGUCGUCGCUGGAGGAGCGCGAUCUCGACUGCACGGCCGACCACGUAACGGACGAGUAUCUGUACAACUGCAACGCGAUACCGUUGUUUGAGCUUGGCUCUUUGCAUCACGAUUACUACCUGCUCAACGUGCGCCUCCCGGUGGACAGUGACCGUAAGAUGAACCUGGAGAUUGGCCACAUCAAAGACGUCCUCCUGUCGGUGAUCUACCAAAACGGUGGAUUUACGAAAGUUUGGGUUUCCCUCAAAACGGUGUUCCUUCCCUUCAUCAUUCUCAUCAUGUGCUGGUUCUGGCAGCGUGUCCACCUUCUGCAGCGGAAGCCAGCGCUACUGGAAGUCAUGCUGCUGUCGCUCGGUUGCGCUCUAACGUUCCUCAAUCUGCCACUGGAAUACUUUACCCUGUUCUUCGAUAUGCCCUUCAUGCUACUAUUGGGCGAUAUUCGCCAGGGAGUAUUCUAUGCCACCUUGCUAUCGUUUUGGCUAAUUUUUGCCGGCGAGCAUUUGCUGAUCCAGGAAACGGGCGAUAAGUCGAGUCUCAAAACGUACUGGAAGCACCUGAGUGCCGUUGCGGUCGGAUGUGUGUCACUCUUUCUCUUCGACAUGUGCGAACGUGGGGUGCAGCUGCGUAACCCAUUUUACUCGAUCUGGGUAUCGAAAGUUGGGGCCAACGUCGCGCUUGGUUUCAUCAUUUUGGCGGGCAUUUCGGCCGGACUCUACUUUGUCUUCCUGUGUUACAUGAUCUGGAAGGUGUUUUGUAACAUCAACAUCAAGCGCACCUCGUUGCCCUCGAUGUCGUCCGCUCGUCGGCUCCACUACGAAGGCAUAAUCUACCGUUUUCAGUUUCUCAUGCUGGCCACGUUGCUGUGCGCGGCUCUGACGGUAAUAGGGUUCAUUGUUGGCCAAGUGUCGGAGGGUCGCUGGAAGUGGGAUGAAAGCAUCGACCUAGAGUUUACCUCGGCGUUCUUCACCGGCGUGUAUGGCAUGUGGAACAUCUACAUCUUCGCACUGAUCGUUCUUUACGCACCCAGCCACAAAAAGUGGCCAACCAACGAAACCACUGGUAAGGCGACGCGAGAUCGACUCAAUAUUAUGAGCGAGGAAAUCGAGUUCAGUAAUCUACCAUCGGAUUCGAAUCCAAGCGAAAUUUCGUCCCUCACCCAGUUUGCGCGUAAGGCGGCACAGGACUAAGGUGUUUCGUCUUGCACCGAAAGCCACUUACUCGAAACCGCAUUUAUUAACACUGGCAAGGGGUCAACGAUUCACUUUUUGUGUGUCACAUAACAGUAUUCCGUAUCUGUCCGUAGGAUUUAAGAAGAUCGCGCCAGCAUCCAUUCUCUACAAAUAUAUGGUAUUCGCCACAGUAUUAACGUAUCCGUAUUAUCUCGGUGUCAUAAGUAGGACGUAGGAAUUGAGCGCAAAGAAUGAAUGUAUAACUUUUACUAACUAAAAACCACCAGCUAGAAGUAGAUUUUUAAGCCUGUCGUAAAUUAUACUUUUGUACUCUUCAUGGAAUAAAUAUAUACGAUGUAACUGAAUC